CGCGACCUUCUCGGCUCCAUCCACAUACCCCUCUCGCCCUCGUGCAUCCAUCACUGCUGCCGCAUGCCCGGCGCCUCAAGGCCACACGCCGCUGCUGGCGCGGCCGAGGGCGCGUCGGCGGCUGCUGCCGGCACGCCUCCACUGGACGGGCAGCGCAACGGCACGCCGUCUCGCCUGCCCGGGCUCGACGUGGAGCCCGACGAGCCACGCACGCCGCUGCAGGCAAAGUUCAGCAGCGGCAGCAUCCGGCACGAUGCCGCCAUGAUCACGCCCGCACGCUCGCUGCGCUCCGUCGACUCGUCGCAGACGCUCUUCGGGCACGCAUCCAUCCUCACUUCCUCGAGCUCCUCGUCCGACUCGGAGAACAUGCACUUCGACGCAGCCACCUACCCUAGGCGCCUGCGCGCUGCGCUUGGGUCCGAGAAUGGCUCGGAUGACGAGGCGGAGAAGCGCAACGGUGCCGCAGGAAGCGACGACGAAGAGGAGAGCUUCCAGUACCCGCAUCCGCCGCCAGCCGGCGACGCCAGCGAGCUGCCGGAGCGCUCGCUGCUCAGCCCCGCCGCCUUCUCGACCACAUCCUCGCGGCGCUCUUCGAUGCUCGGUGCUCGGUCCGGAGAGCAUCCGCGCAGGCCCUCAGCCUACCCGGUGCUGUCGCGGCUGCGCGCCUCGGCGCUCGAGCCAGAUCUGGGAGAGAAGCGCAGCAUAGCACACAGCCGCGCCUCGAGCUACAGCGCCAGCAUGCCCUCGUCGAGCGCACACGGUCUCGCGCCGCCGAGCUUGGCUGCACUGCGCUCCUCGUCGCGUACCAGCAUCGCAUCACAGCCCUCCAAGCGGGCGCGGGCCUUCCCGUAUGGCCCAGGCGCGCGGCUGCCCUCGCACGCCGAGGCAGACAUGCAAGGGCGCGCUGCGAACGUGCACGAGGGCGACGGCGCCAUCGCCUCUGGCUCGACAUCCAGCUUGCCAUCUGUGCGGCCCGGCGCGCCCUUUCGCUGGGCAGUGCUCUCGGUGCCAGACGCCGACGCGGAGCGCCGCAAGAGGAGAGGGACGGCGCUGGCGGUGCGAGGCGGGCGCGUAGCUCGCGGCAACGACGCGGGCUUGGUGGAGCUGUGUCCUGUGACUGGCGCGAGGAGAGCGGAAGAGGUGCUGCGCAUCGGCAAAGGCGAACCAUCACCGUACGGCGUCGUCUCGGCUCUGGCCUUCUCGUCCGACCACACCUUUAUCGCUGUGGGCCACGACACGGGCCACAUCCUGCUGUUCGACCUGGCGCGGCCCGCAACGCCGGCGCGCCAUGUGCCGCCAGUCGAGGCAGCGGCUGUGCGUGCUGGGCGCAAAGAGGGCCACCUGGUUGGCUCGCGCAUCCUGCACCUCGGCUUCGUCGGCGCACGGCAUACCGCCAUCGUCAGUGCCGACGAGCACGGCCUCUCCUUCUUCCAUGCCCUCGGCAAGAUCCUCGGCGUGUCGUCCAACGACACGCUGCGCAUUCUAGGCCGGUAUCCCGACGUGCCUCCCUCGCCGGCUGAAAAGGACGCUGCCGACGAAGCGCCAGACACUCCAUCGCCGCGCCCACCGCCCUCACGCAGGUCGAUCGUGCUGGCAAUGGCGCCGCUGCCGCUCGGCCCCAGCGCCCACUUUGCCGAUCAGUUUCAGUUUGUGGCGCUGCUCACGCCCGCCAAGCUCGUCGUGGUCGGCCUCAAGCCAACUGCACGCACGUGGUAUCGCCGCCUGGCGCCGGUGCCAGAUCGCAGCUCUCCAGAUGCUGCACCUCGCUCUGGCGCCACGUCACCGCUCGCACCUGCGCCGCCAGAUGCUGGCUCUGUCGAGACAGUCGUCAGCGGCGUGCUUGCCUGGUUUCCCGCUGCGCCCACUUCUGCCAACGCCCCCUCGAGCGCGCCGUCUGGCGAGACAGAGCCCGUGCUGGCGUACUCCUUCGGGCGGCAGCUCUUCUUUUUGCGCCUGGCCAAGAUCCGCGUGGCGGACCGCAGCGCCGGGCGCGAGCCGACGUACCGCAACGAGCUCGAGAUGCGGGAAGAGCAGGGCUACGAGCACCACGAGAUGAUCGCGGCGCUGCAGUGGCUCAGUCACGAGCAUCUCAUCCUGCUCGACUACGCCGGCUCGCUCUCCCUCUUCUCGCUCCGCGCACGCAAGUGCGUCUCGUCACACUUCCUGCCGCAGGCGAUCCCGCCACUGGUGCGCCACGACUUCGGCGCGCCCCUUGCGCUCAAAACCGCAGGGGGAGCCGCCACGCGCCUGGCGCCAUUCGUCUCGCAGAGCGUGCAGACGCACAAGGGCCAGGUGUACCUCCUCUCAGCGCAAGACGUGCUGGUCGGCACGCCGCAGACAUGGGCAGACCAUCUGCUCACGCUCGUCGCGGGCGGUGACGUUCUCUCUGCGAUCGACUUGGGCACCGCGUACUACAACGGCGCCGCGCCAGAAGGCACACUCGGGCUUCCCGAAGAGCGCGAGGCGCAGAAGCAAGUCGUCGGCGUCAAGGUGCGGGAGCUCAUGCGUGCUGCAGUGCAGUGGGCCUUCUCGCCCGAGCGCCUGACGGACUCGACACACGUCACUCCCGAUGGACGCGGCGUCGAUCGCACGCAGCUGUUUGAGGGCAUGGCGCGCUCCUGCGCCGAGGCGUGCCUCGCGCUGCAGGAUCUCGACUUUCUCUUCGGCGACGUGUACGAUGCCUUUGCCGACGCCGGCAUCGAGUCGCUCUUCGUCGAGCAGAUCGAGACGUACAUUGUGUCGGGGCGCAUCCGCACGCUGCCCGUCGCCGUGGUGCAGCGUCUCGUCCACUUCCGCAAGUCGCGCGAGGAGUACGAGCUGGCGGAGCGCGUCAUCUGGCACGUCGAUCCCAUGUGCCUCGAUCUCGACCAGGCGCUGUCGCUCUGCCUCGAGCGCGGACUCUUCGACGCGCUCAUCUACGUCUACACGGCUGCGCUGCAGGACUACCUCUCGCCUGUCGUCGAGCUGCUAGCUGUUCUUCGGCGCGUGCUCGACAGGGCGGAGGGCACAGAGCCAGAAGCGCCGAGCGACGCGCGCGACGAGGCGAUGAUGGAGCACGAGGAGGUCGAGGUGUACAAGAUCUUCUCAUACCUCUCAGUGGCGCUCACGGGCGGCGCAUACCCGAGCCAGGAGCCGUUGCCGGCCGAGCAGGCCCUGCGCGCCAAGUCGUCGCUGUGGACCUUCCUUCUGUCCGGCAGAACAGUGGUGUGGCCGGAUGGGCCCGGCGGCGAGCGCAUCUAUACCACGCACGAUCGUGCCGAGCCGACAUACCCCUACUUGCGCCUGCUGCUGCGCUUCGACUCCGAGGCGCUGCUGGACGCACUCGACGUGGCGUUUGAGGACGCCUAUCUCGACGAUGACGACUCGACUGGCGUGGUGACGCGUCAGCUGAUCGUCUCGGUGCUCCUCGAGCUCAUCGACGAAGCUGCGUCCGGCGAGGCGCUCGCUCGACUGCCUCAGAGCGCCGCAACGUUCGCACAGCUCUUUGUCGCGCGCAACGCACCGAAAUACCCGCAAUUUGUCAAGCUCUCGGCCUUGGAGCUGCGCAGGCUGCUGACUGCACUGGCAGUCAACACGGAUGCAGCGUCACACGAGGACCGACAGCUUGCUGUCGAAUGUCUGCUGUCGGCAUUCCGCCCCGAGCACACCGAAGACCUGCUGCAGACCUUCGAGCAGGCUGGCUUCUACCGCAUCCUGCAGUCGGCCUAUCGCUCUGCGGGCCGCUGGGACCGCCUUGUGACGAUGAUCAUCCGCGACGCUAGCGGCGCGCACGACACUUUUGCGCAGCUGCAGGAGGUGCUAAGCCAAGCCUCGCGACGCAAGGAUCGCUCGGUCUAUGAUGAGCAGCUUGGCCCAUUGAUCGUCGACGCUGCGCCGCAGCUCGUCGAGGCUGAUGCGGAGCGAGCAGUCCAGCUCAUCGCGCGCUUCUUCCCGGCACGCCACGAUGCAGUGCUCGCGCGUCUGGGCGACGUCAAGCCACUGCAGCUGGCCUAUCUGCACGCCUGCCUGUCACCUGCUCAGGCGGAAGCUGGUGAUGCCCACUCGGCGGCCCUUGACAGUCAGCUGGGCACCGAGUCACGGAGCCUCUUCAUCUCGUUGCUUGCGGCACAAGAGCCGUGGGCGGUCGUGCGCAACCUCGACGCCCGGCCAAAGGACUACUUCGACCUCGACGACGUCACUGAGGUCUGCGAGGCCGAGGGCUGCUACGACGCCGUGCUGUGGGCGCUGGACCGAGCCGGCAAGCAGCAAGAGGCGUUCCAGGCGCUCGACCGGCUGCUCGCGACGCAGGCACUGGUGCUGCGCGCCGACGACGCAGAGGACGAGAACGGCGUGCUCUCCGCCGACGCACAGGAUGCCAUCGAGCAGACUCGCUUGCUGACGCACAUGGCGGUGCGUCUCUGCACCGAGAGCGCCGCCUCGCAAGCCGGCGAGAGCUGGUUCCGCGUGUUGCGCUCGCUCGUCGGGCUGGUGCACAGUGUUGCCUCUACGGCUGCCGAUGCCGAGGCAGGCGCAGCACAUGGCAGCGCAUCGCUCGUCUUCGCGCGCGAGCUGGUGCAGGAGACGCUCGUGGCGCUCAUCUCCUCCAACGCUGCCGAGCACAUCUCGCCGCCUGCGCUCUUCCGGCGCCUCGUCGACGACGGCGAUGCGCAGGGACGAUACUACGCCGAGGUGCGCUCGGUCGUCGACGGCCUGAUGAGCGCCUACCGCCUGCGCGUCGACGUGCUCGGCCUCACGCACAAGCUCGUUGAGCGCGAUGUCUACGGCGCGCUCUCGGAUCUGACCCGCAAGCGACAGCGAGGUUGGCGUCCAGCCAGCGCAGCAGCACGGUGCCAAGGAUGCCACAUGGCGCUGUUUGGCGCCGCCGCCGCCGCCGAGGCUGCCUCUGGCGUCACUCAAGCCCGUCUGCCAUACGCCGCAGCAGAACCAAUGUCGCGCUCGCUCUCGGCGCCCGGCACGCCGUUGCGGCCCGAGCUGAUGCGGCGCAAGUCGAGCAUCGCCGCCGAGCUUCCUGCAGCCCGGCCUGCCAGCCCUUUUCUGCAGCCGGCCGUCUCGCCGCGGCCCGACAAGGGCAAGGGCGUGGCUCGACCGCUCGGCUACGACACGGAUGAGGGUCCCGCUGCAGACGGCUACUUUGCGCCGACGCCGCUUGCGCCCUUGUCGCCACCGGACGAGGAAGGCCCACGCUCGAGCGUCAACUGGACGAUUCCGCCGCGCCUCGAGGUUACGGAUGGUCGUGGGGACGACUCCUCGUACGCACAGACCGAGGAGGAGGAGCGCGAUGAGGCUAUCCUCUUGCUCGCUGGCGGACAGGGCUGGCACCGACGCUGCGCGCCUGCUGCGCUGCUGGCCGUCUGAGAAUGUCACCGCUUCUCACGACUCUUUGUCCUGGCUGCAAAUUGCGAGAGAAAGGUGUGACAUUACGACCGCGAGACGAGUGAGACUGAGAAUGCGCGAGAUGGAGCCCUACCGCCGCAGCGGCUGCAUAGGCGUCUGCUGCGGCGUGUGCACGCCGUGGCGCGGCUGCCCUUGCGGCGGCAUCAUGCCACCGGCGCCGCCGGGC